ACCAAGAGUCUGGUGGAGAUUUAUAUCUCAAUGAUAAAACUUUUGAAAUCAAUCCACCACCAAUUGAUGUCGCCAUUCAGGACGAAAUCAUUUCUUCUCGGGAAGACGGUGAAGGAUUAUGGAUUGAGUAAACUAUCAAUCUAUAAAUAUUGGUACAUUGACUAUGGAUGACCCCGGUGACUAUGAUGAUGAUUUUGCCCUUUGGGGACAAUCCAUUGGUGGUGAAUCUGAAUCUGAUCCAGCUGCACCAGAACUGGAACCUGACCCUGAUUCACAACCAAAGAAGAAAAAUGGUAGGGGGGCAUAUAAGGGUCUGAAGCAUAUAAAGAAUAGGAGUGAAGGAAUACUUCUCGAAGUCGAGUACAACCAAUGGGGCCAGUGCAUUGGGGACACUGCAAAUGAACUGGUUAGCCAGAUUGGCUUGUAUGCAAGACGAAAUCUUCCACUGUCAUACAAUGAUUGGAGAAAAGUUCCAAUGGAAUUUAAAAAUCUAUUAUGGGAGUACAUCAAGUCAAUGUUCAAGUUAGGCCCAGAAGCUAAGCAUUCUACCUUAAAAACUGCUGGACGAAGAUGGAAAGACUGAAAAGCAUUCCUAACAAGGAACCUAAUUUUCAAAUACAAAGAUAAAGUUCCAGCAAUGCUCGAUCGUCCUCCAGAUGCUUAUGCUUCAUGUUACAAGCCCGAAGAUUGGAAAGAAUUUGUUGCCAAAAGAUGUAGUCCCGAAUGGGCAAAAAAGAGAAAGAAAAUGCAAGAUAUCAGGAGUCAAAAUACAUACAAUCACCAUGCGGGCCGAGGUGGUGUUAAGAAAGUUGAAGAAAAGUUGGAGAAAGAGUUGGGCCACCAGCUUACUAUAUAUGACAGGGCAGACUUGUGGAUUAGAAUACACACGAACAAAAACGGCGAG